GUAAACGUCAAAAUAAUCAAUUAGGAGAAGCGUUUGUGACGAAAUUAUUUAUCAAAACUGCUCAUAGCUGUAUUAUAAUGGAACGAAGAAACGAAACAUUCUGUUUGAACAAUUAAAAUUAUCAGAUGACAAGGUUAUUCGAUGUAAAACAUUCCAUUAGCGAGCUCGUACCGAGAUCGACCAUAACCUUACUUUGUUACCUAAUACUUUAAUUUUUUACAUAACUUCCGUAUAUUUCAUUAGUAAUACGUGAAUUUAACUUAAUAAAUCAUGGUGUAGUUUUAUCUAGUGUUAUACAAUUUACAUUCAGCCUUAUUGGUCUGAAUUUUGUUGUUAUGAUUUAAUACUCUAACUUGAUUGUUUUUGAGUCAGAAAAGUCUGUAUUUUGGCCUGAAUAUGACUGAACCAGUUGAAAAGGAUAUUUGGAGAGACACAUGGUUGCGCUACUUAGGGUAUGCCAACGAGGUGGGAGAAUCGUUCCGCGCGCUGGUCUCAAAAAGGAUAGUACACGUCAGCUAUGCAGUGGCCUUUGCGUACACCUUCGCUGAUACUGGAGACAAAAGUUACAAAAUGUUAAAGAAAGAUGGCCGUCCAACACGUGUGCUUAUAGAAGCGGGUGACGCACUUAUAUGGCAAACGCUGGCGUCCGUUGCCAUACCUGGCUUCGUCAUUAACAGGAUAUGCACAUAUUCUUCACUUUAUAUGAAGAGGUUUCCCAAAAUAACGCCUUUGGCUAGAGGCUGGCUUGCAGUGGGGAUUGGGUUGUCAUCCAUACCAUUCAUAGUCCACCCCAUAGACAGAAGCACAACGUGGUUCAUGGACAACACAUACCGACGAUGGGUCAAGGUAUAGUGAACAGUUAAGUUGUCGUAGCCUAUAAUAUUUUAUUAUUAGUUCUUUUGGGACCGUUUGUUCAUCACUAGAUGGCGCUAGAGAGCUAUAAAGUCCUAUUCUGUCUAUGGAUUGUUCACACUAGCGCCUCUGGUGGCGAAUUCAGGCACAGUAGUCUUCAUUGGGAUGUUUCCUUAAUCAGAAAAGUGUUCUGGCUUAUCAAAUAAUCAUAUAUUGAUAUCACUAAUUAUAAAGUAAAUGUACAAUUUUUGAAAUAUUGAUUGAUUUGUAAGAUAUUGUUACCUAAUCAUAAUGUGGAAUCUCAUACGAUUUGAAAAAAUAUAUUUAAUAUGAUUUAAUGGAAAAAUCCCAGUUACCUUUCUAUAUGAUAUGUGCCAUAUAUUGGUUAACUCCACGAUUAAGCUUAAGUAGUGAAUUAUAUAAAAUAUUAUUGUAUUCCUGUUGACACUUUGAGAAGAAUUAUACU